CGGUGAUUAUCGAGCAAAGCGAAACGGAGAGAGCGCUCUCUCUCUAUUUCUUCACCAUCGCUGUUUCUUUCUCUUUCUCUUUCUCUUUUUCUUUCUCACUUUCUGUCUAAUUAUUUUCUCUCUCUCUCUCUCUAGAAAUUCGAAGAGAGUGAAAUCUAGGGUUUCAUUUCUUUUUCUUCGCUAGAUAUAAUCUAGGGUUAGGUUAUACAAUAAAAGGGGAAAAAAUCGAAGGGAUCUCGAUCUCUGAUUAAACCAAGAAGAAGAUGAGCUUGGAUUCGGUCCCUUCGAACACACAUGGAAACCUUGAUGAGCAGAUUAAUCAACUCAUGCAGUGCAAGCCCUUAUCUGAGCAAGAGGUGAGGGGAUUAUGUGAGAAAGCUAAGGAAAUUUUGAUGGAAGAAAGCAAUGUUCAGCCUGUUAAAAGCCCCGUUACAAUAUGUGGUGAUAUCCAUGGUCAAUUUCAUGAUCUGGCUGAACUUUUUCGAAUUGGUGGAAAGUGUCCAGAUACAAAUUAUUUGUUCAUGGGAGAUUACGUAGACCGAGGCUACUAUUCAGUUGAAACUGUAACGCUCUUGGUAGCCCUGAAGGUGCGCUAUCCUCAACGAAUUACUAUUCUACGGGGAAAUCAUGAAAGUCGUCAGAUUACUCAGGUUUAUGGCUUUUAUGAUGAGUGUCUACGGAAGUAUGGCAAUGCCAAUGUUUGGAAGAUCUUUACAGAUUUGUUUGACUAUUUUCCACUGACAGCCUUGGUUGAAUCAGAGAUAUUUUGUCUCCAUGGUGGACUAUCCCCCUCCAUUGAAACUCUUGAUAACAUACGGAAUUUUGAUCGUGUUCAAGAAGUUCCCCAUGAGGGUCCCAUGUGUGACCUUUUGUGGUCUGAUCCUGAUGAUCGUUGUGGUUGGGGUAUCUCACCGAGGGGUGCUGGAUAUACCUUUGGCCAAGACAUAUCUGAGCAAUUUAACCACACAAACAAUUUAAAGCUCAUUGCUAGAGCCCAUCAACUGGUUAUGGAAGGAUACAACUGGGGUCAUGAACAAAAGGUUGUUACCAUAUUUAGCGCACCGAAUUACUGUUAUCGGUGUGGAAACAUGGCAUCCAUAUUGGAAGUUGAUGAUUGCAAGGGUCACACAUUCAUUCAGUUUGAGCCGGCUCCAAGGAGGGGAGAGCCAGAUGUUACCCGAAGAACACCUGAUUACUUCCUAUAAUGCAAGUUGGGAUAAGUAAUUGAAUACCCCUGGCUAGUGCCUCCUAGCUGGUUUAAUUAUUGAGGGCUUUUUCAAAUUUAAGAUUAUAAUUGGGCUAUGGUGAUUGAAAAGCAUGUACAAUGGGCAGUUGAGGCUUCCUAGGCUAGAGGAUGGUUUAGUUUCCACAAAGAGGAAGCAAUGAAGCUGGCGAUGCAAUUGCUGCAUAUGUACCAUUUCCAGCAAAACAAUGUGGCAUCUUUCAUCUCAUUUCUUUGAUUUUCAUUUUUGUUCCAUUUUCUUUUUUUCUUUUUUCUGUAGAAGGGAUGGUUGUUUGGGGUAUGGGGAUAUGUAGAGGGACAAUGAGUUGACCUGUAAUGGUGCUUCUAUUUUUAUUUUUAUUUUUCACUCCUGUAGUUCUAAUCAAGUGUUCUCCAAUAUGAACUUCCAUUGUUUUCUAUGUAGUUUGACCCUUAACAUUCUAUGCUAUGCUAUUUUAUGUAUAUUUAUUUGCAGGUA